UUUCAAUCCAAAAAAUAACUUUGGUUUGGCAUUCCCCUAGAAAAAAGCUAUCUAUCACUCUGAACGGAAACCAUCUAUCUAUAUAUCUAUCUAUCUAUUUAUUGCUUCAUCCCAAACCUCUCUACUUUCUCCCUCUCUAUCAGUAUAGCAUAUACCUCAAUCAACUAGCUGAAAGGGAGAGCAACCGAGCAAGGGAUAAUCAGAGAGAUAAUGGGGAGAGGAAAGAUUGUCAUUAAAAGGAUCGACAAUUCGACUAGCAGGCAAGUGACUUUCUCCAAGAGAAGAAAUGGCUUGCUCAAGAAGGCCAAGGAGCUCUCUAUCCUUUGCGAAGCUGAUGUUGGGCUUAUCAUCUUCUCCAGCACCGGCAGGCUCUAUGAUUAUUCAAGUACUAGCAUGAAGUCUGUUAUUGAAAGAUACAAGAAGCUAAAAGAGGAACAUCAUCAGCUGAUGAAUCCUGCUUCCGAAGUUAAGUUUUGGCAAAGGGAAGCAGCGAGUUUGAGGCAACAACUGCUGUACGUGCAAGAAUGCAACAGGCAAUUACUGGGACAUGAACUUGCUAAUUUGAACAUCAAAGAUCUACAAAAUUUGGAAAACACACUGGAAAUGAGUUUGAAGGGUAUCCGCAUGAAAAAGGAGCAAAUUUACACUGAAGAAAUAAAAGAAGUAAAUCGGAAGGGACAUCUUGUUCAUCAACAAAACACAGAACUGCAUAAUGAGUUAGACCUGUUCCGUAAAGAAAAUGAGGAGUUGAAAAAGAAGGUUUAUGAAGAAAAAGAUGUAAAUGAAGCAAACACAACUACAAAUGCUCCAGACACUGUCCGCAAUGGAUAUGGCUUUCAAGCACCCAUCCAUCUCCAGCUAUAAGCACAACUCAGGCUCAAAACAAUGAAGUACAAGCAAAAGAAAUGAAAUUGGGAUUACAACUGCAUUAAUGAAGCUGGUCAAUAACUGUGGGUGGAUAUCCAUCAUUAUCCUAACAACAAAUUGCCACACACAGGGAAAUUAAUUAGUUCUACCGUUGAGAUAUAUUGUUUCAGCUACUUGUAAAAUGCAUUCGGCUACAUUAUGGAACAUUCUACGAAGAAUACUUUAAAAUUUGCUUAAAAUGAUCCUAUCAAUAUGUAAAUGUCUACUGGCAAGCACUAGGUGAUUUGUCAACUGCUGUGAACUGUUAUGAUUAAUGAUUAAUCACAAAUUGACUACGGCUAGUAGUGUUA